CGUCGCACCGCGUGUCUCAGUAUCCGUCUCGCUGCACACGGCGCCUUAUUUACUCUCCGACCGAUAACGUCGUCUCUUUUUAAUUUUUUUUUUAUUCGUGAAAACCAUGUCGGCAUCCCCUAUGGCGAGGCAGGCGGUCUCCACGCAGGCGAUCCCCAUCAAGCGGGUGCUGGUCAACGACCCCUCCGACAUGCCCGCCCAUUAUUCGCAAACCCCCGGCGGUACCAUGUUCUCUACCACACCUGGCGGUACAAAGAUCGUCUACGAGCGUAACUUCCUGCUGACGCUGCGUAACUCGCCGAUCUCCAAGACCCCGCCCACCUUCGACAUUCCGGAGAGUCUCGUGAAGGGCGGCUCCCCGAAGAAGCACCACAACGGGCAGCAACAGCGCAAGUACAACGGGGCGCCGCCCCGGAACCGUAGGGACAGCAACGGGAGCGGUACCGCGAUUAUGAGGAGGAGCAGUAACGCGCAAACGCACGACGACGAACAGUUCCAGUUGGACCUUUGAAUGUUCUAGAAGAGCCACUUGUGAUUUUGUUGCUGUUGUUAUUAUUUAAAUCGGACGGACGUAUUAUUAGUUUAAGGGUGCUUUUUUACCUGAAACUUUAACCGGUUCCCUCUUAGGGGGGGGGGUUUGUUAAUUUUAAAUCAAUUAUAGUGAGUGCGAAUAUUUCGCAAGUUUGUUUAUUUUAAUGUAUGUACAUGCAUGCACUUAUUAUAGAAAUAUUAGCAAAUUUUUACCUUA